GUCUGCCAUGAUAAAUCAGCUGCCGUUAGCCUGAAUAACUGCAUUCACUGAAGUUACAGUAGGAAACUUGUCUGGGUGGACACUGUGCCAUUGCUCUGCAGAGAGCAGCCGGUGCCGAUCGCUGGCGUUGCGCUGAAAUAUUGCAUUGAUCGCCGCUCCAAAGCUCGACUGGCAGCGCGCGGGGCUUUAUUGCAGUGGUAGAGAGCAGAGCGAAUACCAGGAGAAGAGGCGCCGUGGAAAGGCAGGGUUAGACCGAUGCCUCGCCGAUCUCACUGGGAAUAAGCAGCACACCGGAGGUGUUAGAUGCGGAAAGGACCCGAGGGAGCCUGGUAUGUCCCUGGGAGAAUUUGCAGUCUAAACUUGGCUGGCUGCUCGCUGUCGGCAGCCAGGUGCUGCAAAGGCAAAGUGGGUUCAAGUCUGCCAUCGUCCUGGCGCGGGGCACAGCUCGUGUCCCUUCAUGACCCAUGGGAGCCAGUCCCUGUCCUGGAGAGGACACGGGAGGUGCUUGUUCACACGUGGGUUAUAAAUGGCCCAGCAAGGCCCUGACCUGUGCUCAGCUGUCGCCCGUCUGCGCUCCGACACAGAGUCCGUGUGCAGAGGCGGUGGUUGUGUGGGGUGAGCGAUGCUCGGGACCGGGGUAGGCAGGAGGUUCGGUGGCAGCACCCGGAUGGGUUUUCCCUUGCAGCAUCCUGGAGCAGGCGUGCUGCGGGGAGACGCUGCUGGUUUGUGAAUGAAUUUGAGCAGCUGCUGACAGAGGCGGUGGGGAGCAAUUACAAAAUGCCCGGAGGGAAUAAGGACGUGACAGAUCUCCCAGGGGAUGUUAAUUUCUGAUGGCGAGGUGGACUGGCAGGGAAAGCUGCAAGGCUGGGGAAAAAGCAUCUUCUGCUCCCCCAGCCCCGCAGUGAACAGCGGUGUGUGCAUCCCCGGCGCGAGACGGAGCUGGGAAAAAAAGGUCAACAAUGCAGUUCCUAGCUUGGUUCAAUUUGCUGCUUCUCCUUCCUUGUUUUGGUACCACCAAAACCUGCUUCCCUGGCUGCCACUGCGAAGUGGAAAGCUUUGGUCUCUUUGACAGCUUUAGCUUGACCAAGGUGGACUGCAGUGGAAUAGGCUCACACAUUGUUCCUGUCCCAAUCCCUCUGGAUACCUCCUACUUGGAUCUAUCAUCAAACAAACUGGAAACAAUCAAUGAAUCGAUGCUUACUGGCCCUGGAUACACCACCUUGGUGAGCCUCGACCUGAGCUACAACAAAAUUGCCAAGAUUUCCUCCACAACCUUCUCCAGGCUUCGGUACCUGGAGUCCUUGGAUCUGAGUCAUAACUCUCUGGAAGUCCUUCCAGAAAACUGUUUCUCCAGUUCUCCUCUGAGUGACAUAGAUUUGAGCAAUAACAAGCUUUUGGAUAUAGCUGUAGACAUUUUUGCUUCAAAAGGUCAGGGAAAACCCCUGAAUGUGGAUCUAUCCAAUAAUAUGCUCAGCACGAUUACGAGGCACCGUGAAAAGAGCAUCCCCAACAUCCAGAAUUUAAAUCUUUCUGGAAACAGGCUAACAUCUGUGCCAAUCCUUCAAGGAAUUCCUCUCCGAUACUUAAAUCUUGAUGGGAACCCUCUAGUCAAGAUUGAGAAAGGAGACUUCAUGGGGCUGAAAGAUCUGAUUCAUUUAUCCCUCAGCAGCCUGCGUGGCUUUGGGGAGUUAUCUCCUUACAGCUUCAAGGAACUACCAGCCCUCCAAGUUCUGGAUUUAUCCAGCAAUCCUGACCUGAAGUCACUGACUGCUGAAGUUAUCUUUGGUCUGAACUCCCUACAAGAGCUCAACCUCUCUGGAACAGGCGUGUCAUCCUUGCCAAAGACUGUGCUGAAAUAUCUGCCUUCCAUCAAAAGCAUCACCUUGGGGAAGAACAUACAGUGUCUUAAGACCAUCAAAGAAGGACAGUACCACCGACAAAUUGGGCUGACCAAAAAAGAGGUCCUCAGUUGCCACGACAGCCACGGGUCCGUAGCAGCAGCGCCUUACGUUUCGUGAUGAAAGCUGGGGAGAAGGGGUGGGGAAGGGAGGGCGGGGAUGGGAUUUGUACAGGUGUCGGACUGAGAUGGCUUGCAGUGUGCCUUUUGUAAAACUGUUAAUAAUUUAUAUAUUUGUAUAUGCCAAUACUUGAUUGUUUGUGGAUUUUAUAAACUCUCAAAUCCUAGCCCACAUCAUCUGCAGGCUCCAGAUUUUGCCCAGCGCAUUGAGGUCCUGCAUGCAGCCCGUUAGCUCAAGAGCGGUGAUGUUGGACAACGGGGACCAAGCUGCUCUGCAGGUCCCAGGGCAGAACAGCUGGUCUGGAGCAAACCUUCAUGCCCCCGACACGUUUGUAGGAGCAAAGCUACGUCUCUCCAGAGCACACACCAAAACGUACUGACUUCGUAGCUGCUUGCUUACAAACCCGUGCAUCAUCUUUUUUUUUUUUUUUUUUAAUUAUUAUUCCCCACAAAGUGCCUUCUGGAUGUUGCCUUCAUUAGCAGCACCCUGUUCCCUGUCAUGCACUUUCAGUCUUGAAGAAACAUUUCCAGACAAACCUGAAUACAGGGUGCUCCUAAUGUGCUGGGUUUUACAUGUUAUUUGCAUAGGUGUGCAAUGAACAUUGAGUAAGUUGAGAACUUUUCCCACAAUUUUCUCCCUAUAUUCCCAUCUCAAUUCUUUUCAUGUUAAAUUACUUCAGGUUCAACCUUGGCAACCUCCUGUCUUUUUUAACCUUAGCAAGCUAUUGCUCAGAGAUGAUGUGCGGCAGAGCAAGGGAAGCAGAGGGGUCUGCCAACAGCCACAUCUCACCCAGGAACCAGGCUCCCCUGAAGCAAAUUAACUGAGUUGCAAAGUGAAGAGAUCAUGAAGCCUAGCUUAAAAAAAAAUAAAUAAAAAAUUAAAAAUCCCUCCUUCUUUUCUGGGGAAGCUUGGAAGAAAACUUUGACAGGGAUUCUUGUCUCGCUGACCUUAUCAAACCAAGAAGCAGACCCAGAGGAUGUGAGAGUAAGCUCUUUCCAUGUUGACGUCCCCAGUCUGAACACAUCUGCGACUCAGCUGGGCUCACGUGAGGCAAUAUCCAGCGCCAAAACACUCUCCAGAACGUGCCAGGGAAAGAAUUAGCACUGACACCUGUGACCCUGGGGCGCUCUGCCUAUCAGGGGAAAAAUCUUGGUUUGUUUUUUGGUUUUGUUUUUUUUUUUUCCAGAAUUGUAGCUUUUCUUUCUCUCACACAGCUUGGCUGCCAACCAAAAUCUAAUAAAAACUCUGGUCCUCAGAGAUUUAUUCAUUUUUUUCCUCCAUUGCUGAAAUGCUGGCAAAGCAGAGGCGAGAGCCCCUCUUGUCCCCCUUCUUCUCCAGGCUAGGAGGUAGCAGGGGAAGGCAGCGCAGCUUGAACUGUGAAGCCUUCAACCUGCUUAGAGGAGCUCCUGCAGCAGAGGUGUCUGCUGAGAUCUGGUCCAAAUCCGGCACGCUCUGUCCUGGGGAUGGGAAGGGAUGUUGUGGAUGGGAGUCCUGCUUGGGCUGGUCUGCAGCUUGGUCUCUAAACCCAGCCUUGCAUCAGGGCAACCUUUAAUGUUUGAACCUGGUUUAGGGAGGUCCGUGCAAAGGCGAUGCAGAUAUAAGCCCAUCACACACCCCCCCCCCUUGGGAGUGCUGGGAGGAGCUCAGGCUUCAUCCUCACACUCCCAAAGGUUUUUGCAAAUGGAAACGCUAUUGCUCAAAGCAGCUGUCUCCAGGGAUGGUUGAAACCCACGAAAGCCAGAGUCAAAACCUCACUUUGUAUACUGAGAUCCCUCUCUCACAUUUUCAUCUAUAUCUCCUUUUCAAUCGUGGAUCUUAGGGUGGGAUUUUAACCUUUUCUGUCAGUGCUGGAGGUUUUCCCCCUCUACUGAGCCUUUGCAAUGCUCAACCAGCCUUCACAGUCACAAGAAACAUUGAUUUUCUUAAAAAGGCAAUGGGACUGCCUACAGGCAGGGAUCUGGAGGGGAGCAGCACCCAACUGCAGUGCAAGAUGGGGGCAGUUUGGGAGGGAGGAGAUGGUUUUUAGUGGAUCUUGCCUUUUUAAGAGAAGUCUUUUCUGCUGGCAGAAAAUGUAAUUUUUAAAUAGUUGUUUAAUUUUAUAAGUCUGUACGUAGAUGAAAUGUUUCGGGGAUCACAUGCUGUCAAAGUUACUGUCUUUGCGCCACUGUGGUAAGUUUAAAACCCAAUGUGACAAUCCAAUUGAAGACUGCAAGAUUUCCUUCUGUAAUCUCAUGCUAGCUGCUAGCUCAACAAGUCUUAGCAAAAGCUGGCAAAUACCGUCGCUGUGUUAGUUUGUUGUUUUUUUUUUUAAAGAACCUCUGUGGCAUUGUAAGGCUUUGUGAUUACUCACAAUAUAAUAAAGUGAUUUGGAGGAGAAUAAA